AUGGCAGAUGUAGGAGCAUCGAAGGAGAUGCUCCUCCACCAGCUCAACGCCUUGAUGGCCGACGCCGCGGGCGACGCCGAGACCAUGGAAUUGUAUCAAGCGAAGCUGGCGGAGCUCGACGCCGCGCGCCGAGCGAACGCGGACCUCGAACAACAGCUACUGAAUGAAGCUAACGCGAAGGAGAACCUGCAGCGGCAAUUGCAGACUGUUGCGUCUGAUGCCAAGACCGCGACUGAUGCUUUGCAUGAUCAGUUACAAGCAGCAUUGGCCGACAAGGUCGACCUCGAGAGGCAUCUGGAAUCUGUGCAGAGGGAAUUAGGAGACGUCCAGGAGGCGAAGAACGCGGCACUCGGUGAUCUAGAGAGAUCACAAACCGAAGUGGAUUCGUUGAGAGAGGAGUUGAGGGAGAUGCGGCGGCGCGUCCAGGCCGCCGAGGACGCCGGUUCUGAGGCGCAGAAAGUCUUACAUGUUAUGUCUGCUGAGGCCGAGGCGAGUCGUCGGGAGCAGGACAAUCUGCGGGAACGGGUCGCGGGCGUCGCCGAGACGCUCGCGGCCGUGCGCGUCGCGGAAAGGGCGGCGGCCGACGCUCGUACGGCGUUGGAUUCGGAGGUGGCUGCUUUGGCGCAUGCCGCCGUGCGCCGGGGCGCGCCGCCCCUCGCGGUUCCGAAGGUGGCGGGCCCCGGGGCGCAGGUCCCGCCGGCGCCCGCCUUGCCGCCGAUGCCUGCGGCGCAACGACGCGAGGCGAAAAAGCGGACGACGCCGCCGGCCGGGAAGACGCGGAAUCCGUAUGCGGCGAGUAAUCGGGGCUAG